AUGUCUUCAUUCCACAAAACCCUCAUUUCCGCAAUGGUUAAAAGUCUUCUCCGAGGCAAGUCUCUCAUACAGGCUGUGCUAGAAUACUGCUUCGGUACCCUCUCCCUGAGCACGCCUAAUAGCGCCCAGGUCGGUACCGCCGCGCCUAUCUCGCGAUCCAUCCAAGAUUUCCUCAAGGAAGCCGAGAAAGAGUUUGUCGACCCAGUCAGUCCCGACAAGCUAGAGCAACUAUCCGCAGAGUUGAAGGCACAGUUUCUGGACCGACUCCAGUCAGGCGUUGAGUGCAUGCUACCUUCCUAUAGCCACCGACUGCCCACUGGCGAUGAAUCUGGAAGAUAUUUGGCUCUGGAUGUUGGGGGCUCGACGCUCAGGGUUGCGUUGGUGGAAUUGAGUGGCCGAAAACACCUUCAUGAGCAGACGAGCAAGAUCCUGAGCAUCUGCAACUUCGUCAUAGGGAAGGAAGUUAAAGAUCUUGAGGGUACACUAUUCUUCGACUGGAUGGCUGCGAGAAUCAUCGAGACAUUAUCAUCCCAGCCCCACGAGUCUGACGAACCAUUACCCAUGGCCAUUGCUUGGAGUUUUCCUAUUGAGCAAACAGCACUAGGAGCUGGCAAGCUCCAGUCGAUGGGCAAGGGGUUUGUGGCACACAAAGGUUUGAUGGGCCGUGACCUUGGCGAGCUCAUCGCAGGCUCCUGCAAAACCCACGGCCUCAAUGUUGAGGUAGCAGCCAUCGUGAAUGAUUCGACGGCCUGCCUCCUCUCCGAAGCAUUUUUUCAAACCUCGACCAGAUUCGGUCUCAUUCUUGGGACCGGCGUAAACAUCGCCGCGUACCUUCCUGUCAAUCUCAUCAGCCGUAAAAAGUUCGGUACCCGUCCUGACGGGUGGUUUGACCGUGCCAGCCAUGUCAUCGUCAACACCGAACUUGGUAUGUUCGGCUAUGGCAUUCUUCCUGUCACAAGAUGGGACCAACAACUCCUAGAUGGGCACAGUCGCCCUGAUUUCCAGCCCUUAGAGCACAUGGUUAGCGGCAUGUAUCUAGGAGAGGUCGCUCGCUUUGCCCUGAUCGAGGCCAUAGAGACUACUGGUAUAUUUGGCGGCCUUGUUCCUCCAUCACUAUCCACCCCAUAUUCUCUUGGUACUGAAACACUAUCCAUGAUUGCAAGUGAUACCUCAGAGGACCUCGCUUCUGCCAAGAAAUUGUUCUCGAAUCGCCACCCCUCCUCCCACAAGCCAACCUUUUCGGAUAUCGCAGCUCUCAAGUCUCUCGCAUCGUUCAUCUCAUUACGUUCAAGCGCUCUAGUGGCAACAUGUGUCUCCACUCUAUGGGAUGUUCGACGCGAAAGUAACCAAAAUCUGGUCGAGACCCUUCCCAAGGAUUCGACAUUUUAUCAAAGCGCUCACGACGACCUGAAGUUGGAAAACACCACCGUCGCAUUCAACGGCAGCGUCAUCGAGCACUAUCCAGGUUAUCUGGAGAGCUGCCAGCGCUACAUUGAUGAGUUGUCGGCAAGCAGAGGUUCUUCCGAGAAGGGUAGCAUCAAGCUGGUCCCCGCCAAGGAAAGCUCGCUACUAGGGACGGCAGUGGCAUCAGCAUGUGUUUAA